GGUGGGGAACUCAUAACAUGCCAUCCUUAAACCCCAGGCGAUACGGGAUUGGCUGGGAAGUGCGGAGCCGGUGUUCUAUUGGGCGGCUGGGGCUGGUGGCGGGGACUGGCGGCUCACUAUUUUCCAUUGGACUCGCGUCCUGCUUGUUCCAGAGGGUCUUGGCAGCGAUUGGCCAGCGGCACUGCCAGUCCCGAGGGGGGCGGGGGGGCGAGUAGCGGUGGCGGAGCUGGAGGGGGCAAGAUGUCGGGCUGUGAGGCCCGCGACGCCAAGAAGCUGGUGCGCUCACCCAGCGGGCUGCGCAUGGUGCCCGAGCACCGCUCCGCCCGCAGCCCCUUCGGCUUGGACGAGCCCCCCUGGGUCCCUGACAAGGAGUGCCCAAGAUGUAUGCAGUGUGAUACAAAAUUUGACUUCAUAACUAGAAAGCAUCACUGCCGAAGAUGCGGAAAGUGCUUCUGUGACAAGUGCUGCAGUAAAAAAGUGCCUCUGCCUCGCAUGUGCUUCGUGGACCCUGUACGCCAGUGUGCUGAAUGUGCCCUCAUCUCUCAGAAAGAAGCGGAGUUUUAUGACAAACAGCUUAAAGUGCUCAUGAAUGGUGCUACAUUUUUUGUAACUCUGGGAACAUCUGAUAAAUCUGAGCUCAUGGUUUGUCGACUUUCCAACAAUCAGAGAUACCUGGUUUUGGAUGGAGACAGCCACUAUGAAAUUGAAAUUAUACAGAUUUCAACUGUUCAGAUACUCACAGAGGGAUUUACUCCUGGAGGAGGUAACACUCGUGCCAUAGGAAUGAUUCUGCAGUACAAAGUACCCGGCUCAGAGGAGCUCACGCAGAUGAAGUUCACAGCCAGCGAGGACUUGAGCUGCAACAAGAAGCUGUCAGCCAGCUGGCUGGCUGCUAUGCAUAAGGCAACAAAACUUCUUUACGAGUCCCGGGACCAGUAACAGCAACCUGUUGGCCACUGCAGGGAAGACACCAGCCCCCACGGACCCACCUCCCCCUUUCUGCUCACGUGACAGCCGGUAACGUUUGCUGUUCCUGACCCUUUCUCAUUCCAGCACGGUUCAUUAUGUGAGAACUGGCAAAUGCAAUGUGAGUAAUUUUUGAACCAUGAGUAUUCACUAUAGUGUGCAAUAUGUAUACAAUUAAUGCUUUAAACAGCCUCACCUUGUAAGACUUUGUAUAUUUUGUUAAGCCUUUAUGGGCACUUAAUAUGAAAGUGACCUGCACUACAGCUAAUGUACAGCACAACUUUUAUAGUAACAAUGGUAUAUACUGUUUGCUACAAAAAGCAAACAAAUGUUUAUGUCUCUUCUGCAGAGAAUAGCUUUUGGGUAUAGAUCUCAGGUUUUCCCUUUAUCCAAAUGUUUAAAAUCAAUGUACAAUAAAAUCUGCCUUAGAUAUGAUUUUAUAGAAGUCACUUGAUUUUUUUUAAAGCAUUUCAUCUUAAAUAACUAAAUAUUUCACCAAAUACCACCAAACUGGACUUACAUGAACAUGAUCUUGAAACCUUCCUUCUGUAUCCAGAAUAAUUUUUAGUUUUGUAUUUUCCUUUUGCUAACUGGCUUUUGUUAAUCUAACUGUAAUGCUAUCUGAAAUUGUAUACAACUUUAUGUACAAAUAUGAAUAAAUUAAUUCACUUAUUUAAAAAACAA